AUGGCCUUAUCGGUACAGGUCUUCCUUCACCCAAUUCCCCCCAUCCGAUUCCCCCCUUACACCCCCCCCCCCCCACCCGAUUUCCCCCACCCGAUUCCCCCACCCGACUCCCCACACCCGAUUCCCCCACCCGAUUCCCCACACCCCUCACCCGCCUUCCCCUCAACCGCCUUCCCCUCACCCGCCUUCCCCUCAUCCGCCUUUCCCCCUCAUCUGCCUUGCCCCACCAUCCGCCUUCCCCUCAUCCGCUGUCCCCCCACCCACCCCCUUCCCCCUCUCGCUUGCCCAGCCAUCUGGUUCGCGGCAUGGGUGCUGUGUGGUUUAGUAGGAGCACUCUUCCUUCUCCCUCCCCUCUCUUCCCUCGCUCCCUCCCCUCUCUUCCCUCGCUCCCUCCCCUCUCUUUCCUCGCUCCCUCCCCUCUCUUCCCUCGCUCCCUCCCCUCUCUUUCCUCGCUCCCUCCCCUCUCUUCCCUCGCUCCCUCCCCUCUCUUCCCUCGCUCCCUCCCCUCUCUCGCCCCUCUCCCUCACCCAGCGCCCUGGUUCACAGUGCUGGUGGCGGCGUGGGUGCUGUGUUCUCUGGCCGUGGCUGCUCUGCCUGAUCAGCUCUCGCUUCUCAUUCUGCCCUCUCUCGCCUCUCUCUCCACCUCUCUCCCCCUCUCUCGCCCUCUCUCCCCCUCUCUCGCCCUCUCUCCCCCUCUCUCCCCCUCUCUCCCCCUCUCUCGCCCUCUCUCCCCCUCUCUCGCCCUCUCUCCCCCUCUCUCCCCCUCUCUCGCCCUCUCUCCCUCUCUCUCCCCCUCUCUCCCCCUCUCUCCCCCUCUCUCGCCCUCUCUCCCCCUCUCUCCCCCUCUCUCGCCCUCUCUCCCCCUCUCUCCCCCUCUCUCGCCCUCUCUCCCCCUCUAUCCCCCUCUCUCCCCAUCUCUCCCCCUCUCUCGCCCCUCUCUCCCCCUCUCACCCUUCUGAUUCUGCCCCCUCUCCCCCUCUCACCCUCUCCUCCUCUUUCGCCCCUCUUUCGCCCCUCUCUCACCUCUCUCUCGCCCCUCUCUCCCCCUCUCUCCCCUUCUCUCCCCCUCUCUCCCCCUCUCUCCCCCUCUCUCACCCCUCUUUCGCCCUCUCUCGCCCCUCCCUCGGCUCCCUCUCACCUCUCUCUCGCCCCUCUCUCUCUCGCCCCUCUCUCGCUCGCCCCUCUCCCUUGCCCAGCGCCCUCGCGCACAGUGCUCGUCGCAGCAUGGGUGCUGUGUCGCCCUGGUUCACAGUGCUGGUGGCGGCGUGGGUGCUUGCUGGUGGCGGCGUGGGUGCUGUGUGGGCUGGGCGUCUCAGGGCGGCUGCUCUACUCGAAGCAUUCCCAAUACGAGAGCCGCAGGGAGGAGGCGCUGGGCGUGUGGUGCAAGGAGCGCGCCCUCAUGCUGCAGCAGCUCGUGCUCACCCAUGUGGGGCAGAUGCAGGUAAUGCUGUUGAAUUGGUGUUAGCGUCCUUGCCUCCUGCAGCAUGGGUGCUGCCCUCGCGCCCUCGUGCUGCAGCAGCUCGUGCUUACCCACGAUGGACCGAUGCAGGUGCAGAUAAUGAGGCUGAAUUCGUGUUUAAGACACCUAGUUUUGAGGCGCCUAGUUUUGAGGCGCCUCAAAACUGUCCUCCAUCCCAUGCACAGACACUCACAGGCAUCAUCUCAGUGAUGGGCAAGCCGGGGCGGAGGGGCAAGUGGGACAACGACCAUGCACUUUACACUCACAGGCAUCAUCUCAGUGAUUGGCAAGCUGGGGCGGAGAGGCAAGUGGGAGUUGAGCACGUGUUUGCAGCGCAUCACCUGGGGGGAGGUCUACCUCACUCGCACUGCCUUUACCCUGAUGGUCUUCUAUUCUCCCUGUCCUCCCAUGCACAGACACUCACAGGCAUCAUCUCAGUGAUGGGCAAGCCGGGACAGCGGGGCAAGUGGGGGCUGGACACGUGUUUAAACGGCAGCACGUGGGAGGCGUACCUCACUCACACCGCCUAUGCCCGCCCGGGCAACACGGGGGCGACCGCGUGUGUCUUUGUCACGGACGAGGAGAGGUGA